AUGAAAGCAACCGAGGUCUCCGCGACAGAGUUGAGAACAAUCUGCCACCGCUGGCAGCUCUCCAAACCCAUCGACGAGAUGGCACGGAUGUUUAUAUUCCCAACGCACCCGGAAAACUAUGUCGUGAUGCAUUCACCAGGAGCUCCGGCCGAAAAUGGGCCGGACUGCGGGGUGGAGGUCAUCGGGGGGCACAUGGCCAAGAUUCAAUAUGUUGAUCUCAUGGACAGCGAAAUUCCGAAGUGGUUGGCGGAUCAGCGAGAGGAGGAGUAUGAGAUGGUGGAGUACUUGGUUGCGAAACUCGAAACUGGAAGCAAGUUCUUCUAUGUCAUGAACGAAUUCAUGGAUACCGAGGGUGGUUGCAAGAUCAAGCUGCGGGCCUUUUUCCCCUCUGCUUCGCCCUGGUCAUUGGUUAAUCAACAUGCUGAGCAUCUGGCGAUUGAGUUUCGAAAUCUUCUCCAAAUGGUUUAUGGGGCGAUCGAAGAACUUGAAGACAGCUAUUGA